AUGUUGUACAACAUAAAUCCGAUGAGGGGGAAUCGCGUACUGAUAGAUUACUGCUCCUCCUCCAUUAUUUGUGACCCACCAAGACAAGGUGAGCUUUUUUAAAUGAAGUAUUUAAACAGAGCUGCUGGCAGAGGCAUAAUCAGUAUAUCCUGUUUAGAAGUAGUUCAGGUGAUCGUUGUGGUUCUUCAGAAACGUCUUCAGAUGCAUUGUAAUUGUAAAUAAGAAUUCAUCUUUAAUUACUCACUUAUGUAAAAUAAAGCUAUAACCAAAGUGUAAGUUUAAAUUUAAGUGGGGAUUUAGUUCAAAAUCAACAACCACAAACCUAAAUUUUCACCAGCAGCUCUUUUUCGCUAACCUGCUCCCUUCUGCAGCGCACGUCAACAAAUGUCUCUUAAAAGCAUUUGAGUUGUUCAUGGUUACUACUUUCUGUUCAGCUUUAUGUCAUAGAUCAGAGUAAUGUACUUUCUUUAAAAUUUAUUUUGAUUAGCAGUUCUUCAGGUUUUUAUAAAGUUUCCCUGUGGACUCUGGCUGCUUUUUUCCCCCCCAACUCUUGGUCAGUAGAGUGCCUGCCUAUUGUCAGAGGAACGAGUUUUUUUCAUCAAGCUCAACUCUGACCUGUGUGAGUCAUUCAGGCACACAAAGUUCUGUAAACUGAAAAUAUGGAAAAGUCAUAAUUAAAACUGUAUGAUGUGAGGAAAACGUGAUCCUAAAAUUAUUUCUGAACAUUACAGUGACUGCUGAUUAUAUCCCGACUUUCUUUCUGUCAAGGUGCCUGCCGGUCUUUGUUAACUUGAGCAUCUCAGUCAAUUAAAGUAAGAGGGUGAAAAUUGGCAGCAGGGAAGCUUUGUCCAAUUGGUCAAAUAUUGACAUGGGGCUGGAUUUGCGUUCAUGAUACUUGAAAUAUUAAAUAAAAUACUGUACUGAGGCAGAUCUUCAUAAUUGCUACAUUAUGCAUGUUGUUAUUUGAUAUAUUGUGUCAUAUGCAGUAAUAUUAAUUUUUAAAUACUUGUAACAAGUAAAAAAAUUUUAGCUCCAAAGAACUACUAACAUAAAUUGACAAAAUUUCUAUUACGUCUUAACAGAACAGGUUUCCUCGUUUUUUCCCUCCUGUAGUUUGGCAGAGCGGCCACAAGAUGGCAUUGCGCCGCGCAAAAGCGGUGACUCCUCUCUAGAUUAAACAGCAAACAGCGAGUGAGAGAGAGAACUGCUGAACAUUGAUCGAUUCUUUUUAAUGUUCAGUUUAACGUAAGUUUCAUGUGAAAAGAUUAGUGGCUCGUUAGACAAAUGCUUGAACGCGCUGUAGAAAAAGUAAAGAUCCGGCAGUAACCAGCCCUUGGUGUGACUCAUUGAAUGUAGCCCCAAAAAAUGUGAUUAAUCACAGGAUCUUGUGAACAUGCAGAGGUUCUGGUGGCCCGGCUAUGAAAUGCAGCUUCUUGAACAGCUGCAGACGCAGCAAAACCGUGCCCAGUUCUGUGAUACCCUGCUGCAAACUGAGGGUAUCGCCAUCCCAACCCACAGCUGUGUCCUCGCCGCCCUCAGUCCUUACCUGAGCGAGAGGCUGUCGGACUCUCCCUCCCCUCCAUUGGGGCAGAAGCGUCUGCUCCACCUGCAGGAGGUGACGGCCCACACCUUACUGAAGCUCGUUGGACUCCUGUACUCCGGGCGGCUGGAAGUUAAAAGCAGCAAGGAGCAGAACGACGUUUUGGCUGCUGCCCACAAGUUUGGAAUCUCUGACCUCGUGUUGGGAUGCAGAGAUGGGGAGAGGAAAGGCGUAGAGCUGCUGGAACGAGGGCGGAGGUUUCACACGGGAGAAGGCACAGAGCCGCGCAAAGGGAUGGAAAUGCAGGAUGCACAGGUUGAGUCUGAUAUAAGUGGAAAGACGGAGAAUGAUUCUCUUGUUCAAAGGAAAAGCUUUUUAACUGUUGGGACACAGACUGUAAACAAUACUCUGAUGUCUGUGGCCAGUCCUGGUCCUCUUUCUGAUCAAACUCCGCCUCCAACUAUAGAAACAGCAUUUUCUGUAUCAAACUCGUCUGCCUCACUGCUACCUCAAAACCUCUCCAAGUUUUCGCUCACUUCUUACCUAACCGUCCACAGCGAGCCAGAGUCUACAGCUGGACAGUCCUCUGACUGUUUAACACACUCCUCAUCCUUCUCAGCUUCAUCCAGGUACAGAGGGACGGUGCUACCGGUCGCCAACGACGAUGUCGCUUCACCAACAUCUCAUGAAAAGAACAUUUCCAAACAGUUGGUGGAGCGAGAGAGGUCAGGACAGGAAGAUGGAAACUUGACUGUGGAUGGAGGGAGUUGUGCUCAGCCAAGAGGAGUCUGCAGGGAAACGAUACGGGGAGAAGAAAAGGAGAAGAGCAACUCAAAUUUUAGAAGAAGUGGAAAGAAUCUGGACAGGAUGAAAGAGGUAGAGCAGAUGAUGGACUCUGCACAGAUUUCUGUCAAGAUGAAACUGAGGAGGAGGACUAAAGGAGAAGAGUGGGAGAUCGUGGAAGAUGCAGAUGAGACGGCAUCGGUUCCUACCAACCCGAAUCAGAGUUGCUCCAAUCAAAAAACCCCUCAAUUUGCUCCUAAAGUUGUCAACUCCCCUGCUCACUCUGUCCAUCCGGUCCAGAAGCCAGAAGCCCUGAAGGUCCAGCUUGUCUUAACUUCCUCCCCCCAGCCUCCUAAACACGCCAACACCAGCUCGGACUCGGAGGCGCGCUCCAGCGGCUGGCUCUCUCUGAGCCGCAGCAGCGAACUGGAGUCCGAGGGUCGCACGCCUCUUCAGGGUCCCACGGAGGAAUCUGAUGAGAAGAUAGACAAGCUGUUGGAAAACAUCAUAAUGAGCAUGAGCAUGCUGCCGGACCUGGGCAGGAGCUGCAGGAAGACGCAUGUGAACCACGACGACGUGCCGACCUAUUGCCAGGUCCCUGGUGCAGAGAGUGGAGCGACUGCGCCGCUCUCUGACGUCUGCACAGAGGAGUGUGUUUUCUGCCAAGACCUGGGGAGGCAGGGGAGCCACUCAGACACAGACACAGGGCUCCAUUACUGUUUUGGAGCUCAGAACCAAUCAGGCUACACAAACCCCUCAGCUGCACACACUGCUCUGCAGACAGACCAACCACAUCACUCAGAGUUCAGAUCCUUUGUACCAAUGGACGGGCUGAGCUGGACCGGAGGAGAGAGCUCCCCGUAUCCCGUUUCGUGUUUCUCCAACGGGCAGAAACUUCACGACUUGAUACUGCAGCAGCCAUUCUGCCAGGAAGACCAAAGCAUCGAGUUUUUGUCUCUCUCGCAUGAAAGCGACUCGCAGUCAGCCGAUGCGUUUUCCCUGCCAACUAUGGAGGACUUGAGGCUGCCACAAUGUCUUUCCCCAUUAGUGCCCUCGGCAGGUCACCAACAGCCCGACCCCAGCGUCUCGGGCCGGAUGGAAAAAGAUGUUCAAAGUCUGCCCUGGCUCACAAAGAACGCCUGCAUGCUGACAUUUCCACUCAACGCCAUCACAGCGGGUAAAACUGAGCUGCUGGAAGCGGACAGCAACACACAGCAGUCGCAAAGCUUCAGGAAGCUCACGCUGAAAAACGAAGGACCGGGAGGCCCUGCGAAGGGUGUGGGACAGAGAGAAAUAAAACCCAAACGAGAAAGAAAAACUGACGCCAUGAAGAGGAAGAAAAACAAACACGAUGCUGCAGAAGACACGGCACCGCCCAAGAGGAAAAGAAGGCGGCGACCGGAUUCUUGGAGAGAGUUGGCUAAAGUUUCAUCCCUGGACCCAGAAGUCGUAAAUGCAGCAACAACAGUUUGUUCUGUGAGUUUGUCGUGUAACAACGUUCUGAUGAAGCAGAGAGAAAUCGGCAUCAGCUCCUUAAACAAACCCCCGUCAGCAUCAACAGCCACCGGCAACGGGAAAUCCAGAGAACCCGGAACGCUCUGUACCAAACAGCCGCGGAUCAAAACCAGGGGCUUCGUUAAGCAGUCUGAGCGCGACACGAGCAACGCCGUCUCAGAUAAGUGCUGCGUUUUAAUCCCGAUGAUCCGCCGGCCCGUCGUGGUGCACAAACAAGAUCCAGCCGUGACCAAGAGGAGACGUGGGAGACCGCCUAAAGUAAAACUUGAGAAUUUUCCAGAAGAUGCCGGCGCCAUCGUAGAGAACAAGGGUCACGUUGAGGCCGGCGAGGAAAUAUUGGAGAAGGAAUCGCCAAUGGAAGACAUAAAGUUUGGAAAGCUGAUGAGCAGCGCAGGCGAGGGAGAGGCAAAGCAGCUGAAGAAGACCACUAGUGAUGAGAGCUCUGGAAUAAACAAAACUGAUAACAUGAAAAGUGGUGGACCGCAGAAGCAGUCGUGGAUGGUAACUCUGAAGGAGUUCCAAAAACUGAUUAAACGCAAACACUCCAAAACAAGGAAAGGGACUGAAGUCCAAGGCAGAAACAAACCUGCGGAUGUUGGAGAAUCAGAAAAGCAGGCACAAAUAGACAAGAGUGGCACCUCAGAGACUCACAGCCAGGCGCUUUUUGAUGCUACAGUUGAUGAAAAUCACAACCAGCUUCCCAACACGUCGGCAGCUGCGUGUAAAACGAGCCUUCAGGAUGUGAUGAUCAACUCAGAGGCCAGGAAGAGCUGCGGUUCAGGCGAGGAGGACAAACCGGCCUGUUCCUGCGACGUUCUAGAAGAGGAGAAACAGUCUGCUACAAAUCUUGAUGAAGGUGCGGAUGGCGGCAGCACUUUGUCCGGCUGCAAUGAGAAAGAGGAGGACGAAGAGGUGGACGUCAUACUUUACUCUCCUGACAAAUUUUCAACCAGAGAGUUAGAAGAAAGGGUGGUCGUCAUUCCAGAUGAAGAGGAGGAGGACGAGGAUGUUAUCGAAAUAGAUGUCAUAGGAGAUGAAGAAGAAUAAUGCUUUGUUAUGUUUGUUUUUUUUUACCAUGUUUGUUCAGCAUUUUUAAUAGUUACAUAUUUUUAUAUAAUUUUUGGAGUUCAUUCGUUUCUAUCUGGAAGAUGCUUAUUUUUAUUCAAUCAGAAUUUAGUUUUCCACCAGAUUUAGUUAAAAAUGUACCGUUGGAGUGGAGGAUGUUUACAUUUCUGUAUUAACAAGCAGGAGGAAAGUUCUCACUGUUGUUUAUAUUUUUCAAAUAAAUUUGAAUGA